AUUUCCAUACUUUCUCUCUUGGUUUAAUUCUCUUUCCCAUUACGUCUUUCUCUCUCUGUUUCUAUUCCCGAGGCUCAAUUUUAUUUGGCUCACCCAGAUUCCCGGAAACGAUGAAGAAAUCCGGACUUCUCGCUGCCACAGUAGCUGCCGCCUCUGCCUCCGCCAUCUCUGCUUCUUCCUCUUCCAAUUCCAACUCUCAACGUUCUCAAGCGGAGAACGCGAGAGAUCAAGAAAAUUCCUCUGCUUUGAAGGAUAAAUUUGCGCCAAGGUUUGAUGGAUUGAGGUUUAUUGAAACUCUGGUCACCGCUCACAGAUAAUAUAUGCUUUGAACUGCUUCUUGGCCUCAAAGGAAUGAAGAAGAAUCACUAAUUUCUCCUAUCUUUUCUCGUUAUUUUUACAUAAUUGGUGGAACUUUUUACUUCUUUUUUUUUCCUAAUUUGUGGAAUUUUAUCUUUAGCUGGAUAAGUAAGAAGUGAAAAGAGAGAAACUUGUACUUUGCGAGAUUUAACGCAAAAGUUAAUUAUUCUAUAGUGUGUUCUUAUUCCUCUGUUAAUACCAUGUGUUUUUUCCCUGAUCUUUACUAUGCAAAAAUCAUGUGUUUCUUA